UGUACAAUUUGACAGCGCUUCCGGAAUCAGCUGAUGUUGACAAAUAAUCUACGUUGCGAAAUCCAAAAAAAAGCUUGCGAAUUAUUUUUGUGCUAGCGUUUUUUUUAUGAAAAAUCGGUGAUAUUUGUACACAUUUGCAACGAAAAUCAAUGCAGUAAACUCCUAACUUAGUGAACUAGCUGGUGGCAGAAAUUAUCGAUCAUGGUUUUCGUAACAUUCGAGAACGAGAAAAACCUCCCGCUGAACGAGUUGCUGCUCUCGUUCGACGAAGACGGAGUGAAACGGAAGGUGCCUGCCCUGCACGAGAAAUGGAAGGAAUCGCGUUGCUUCACCCGGUACGCCGCUUUCCCCAUGCGAAACGGCCUAGUGGAGGAAGGUGCCCCGCUGGAUCAGUGGGCCAGCGAAACCGAGUGGUUCGUCAAGGAUUUGGAGUGGCUGCUCGGGCUGGAGCACUUCCGAUUUUGGUCUACUUUAGUGCACAAUCAAGGAGCAAUCGAGGCCAUCAUCUCGUUCACCCAAAAUGCCGUUCCGUACUACCUGAUUGGAGUGGUCCGCUCGUCGGCUAAGGUGUUCCCUUUGUAUUCGGCCGCACAUCGGAGCACCCUACAGGUCAUCUGCCGGAUGAUAACACAAAAGGAAUCGGACCGCUGCUGGAUCGGGCGGGAGUUCCUUGGAGAGCUGCUCUACAAGCACUUCCUGGUAUCGAUUCCGUUGAUUUUCGACCUGCUGCCGGUCUACGGUCGGGACAAUAAGGCCGUUCUAGGGUUGAUGCUUCAGACGAUCUUCAAACUACAGCCAAAGUACCACCAGGACUUGCGCGUCGGAUUGCAGUACCUGCAGAGUGUAAGUAUUGCUCAAAGGUCUACAUUUAGACUAGAUAUUUGAGGACAAAAUUCUGGAAGUACAGCUAUCCACCGAUGUAGGACGAUAAUGUUAUCGCGUAAACGAAAACAGCGUAGAUGGAGACCUGCAUGGCUGGUAGAGUGUCUGUUUUU